AUGGCGCCUGCUCCUGACGAGCCAGAUGCCCAGACCUGUGUUUUCGCCGUUGUCAACCCGACUAGUGUGCUUCACAAGGUUCCGGCGCUCAUGGAUUUAAAAGCUGACUUUAUUGCACUCUCGGAGACCUCUGCGGUCCAGCGCACGCAGCAAGUGACAUCUUCUGCCUUCCGCAAGGUCGGUUUCAAGGCCCACUGGGGCGCUGCGGUCCAACCCCACACACGCCGGGAGACGGACACGGUUUCCAUGCGAGGCCUUGCGGCAGGAGUAGCCCUUGCGGCCCGCCUUCCCUCGCGCACUGCCCGACCUCCGAUGCCGCAGGAGGCUCUUGCCACCUGUAGACUGACUGAUGCUUUUGUUCGCCUGGGUGCACUUGAAGUGCGGGUGAUUACCAUCUAUAGUGUUCCGCAGUCUGAACAAGACUCCCGCGAUCGCACCAACGCGUUACUUCAGCAAGCUUUUCACCGUGCUGUACAAUGUGCGGUCCCCUGCAUCGUUGCUGGCGACUUCAAUGUUAGGCCCUUUGAGCUUCCGGCGGGCCAGGCUUUUCAGGCGCAGGGCUAUCAAGAUGUGUUUGACCUGCGCAAAGGCUCUACUGGCACAGUUCUCCCAGCCACAUGCAAAGGUAGCACCAGGCAUGACACCGCCAUCUUACACCCCACGAUUGUUCGCCUUUGGAAACGUGCCUGGGUUGUGGACAGGCAACUGUUUGAUUCCCACAGCCCUUUGUGUUUCCAACUCCACUUGUGCCAGCAACGGCCUUGUACGAGGGUGUGGCGACUUCCGAAACCGUGGUCCCAGCUCGGGGUUGAGCGUGAUCAACUUUCCUUGACUUUCUGUGGCAAGGCGCCUGCUCUACGCCGCCAGAUUGCCAAUUGUGCUUCCAGGGAAGAUGUUGGGAUUGUCCUCCAAAGUUUUUCCCAGGCUGCUGAGGAUGCAGUGUCUGAGGCACUCCACCGUCAGCACGAUGCUGACCCGAUCAAGUCGCCAGUGGCCUCCUUGCCCAAAGCUUUUCGUGGCCGCUGCCAGCCGCGUGCUCUUCAACAAAAGGAAGCUGCCGCCCUGUGCCGUACUGAUUGGGCGGGAGGGUAUGACCCAGAUGUUGAAGUCACCUCCAUCCUCUGCCGCCUUAAGGUCCGUCAGGUGCGAAGGUUGAUUACAUUCCAGCGUGGCCUGGUGAAAUGGCGGGCUGCCGGCCCUGCCGCUCUCCCGCGAAGCGGUGCCCAGCUUGUCUCAGAAUGGAGGGCCAUACUCAAUGCCAAGGGCUACCCUCCGAGCUUCCCCGACUGGACGCUCCAAGUUGCCUGCUUCCACCAGUUUUACAGAGACCUGCCCCCGCAGGAGUGGCUUGAAGAUCUCCUGGCCUAUGUGCGUUAUGAUUGCGACUGUGUCGCCCGCCAAGAGGCAAAGAGACGCAAGGACACCUUCCUGAGCCAGGUGAGCGUUGACGCUGAAGUGGGUGGCUCGCGCCAGGGCUUUUGUGCCAUACGCUCAGCUCCAAACCCGCCUUUCACUGAGGUGCCGUGUACCGUUUGCUCUCAGGUUACGGUUGCUGCCAAAAACCCUCUUCCCGACAGCUCACAGGUUGCAGUGCCUUAUACUCUUCAGGCUCCCGGCCACUUCCGCGAAGGCCCAGCCGAUCUCGAUGGGGUCAGGUGUUGGGUUCAUAAGGUUGAACCAGGACAGGUCGAGUUGCAGGGCUCGGGCCUCCCUCCGGAUGGCCAGCUCAUCCAGGAUUAUGUUGCAUGUACUGCCCCUGAGCUUCAUUCGGCCUUUGCUGACUUUUGGGGCCCUCUGUGGCAACGUGACCAGGGCCUGCGUGCUGAGAGCAUUGAUGAGUGGCCUCGUCUGCGGGAAGCUGUCCUCUCUUCUGACUUUGCUGGGGCACACAUUGACAAUGUCCAAGGUACCCCAGAGCAGUGGUGUCUGGCUGUCCGCAAGCUCGCCAAUCGUAAGGCCACUGGUGUAUGUGGCUGGGCCCCCUCGGACCUUAAACUCCUUCCUGAUGAAGCAUUGGAGCUUCUGAGUCUGGUCUUCCGCCAAGCGGUACGCUACGGUCUCCCAGAGUCCAUGUUGCAAGCGAGAGUCUGCGUCCUCGCCAAAGCGUUCUGCCCAGAGCACAUCCGGCAGAGCAGGCCCAUCACUAUCUUCAGCACCCUCUACAGGCUCUGGGCCUCCAUCAUCACCAAGAACCUACUCCGCUCCUGGGGGCCAGUCUUUCCCAAGGCCGUUGCCGGCUCGAUGCCCGGACGCUCCAGCCGAGAUGUCAGCUACAGGCAGCAACACUGGAUUGAGCUAGCCCUGCUCAGCGGCACAGGUCGUUUCGGUUUCUCGCUGGAUAUUGUCAAGUGUUUCAAUCAGCUUGGUUGGCCCCCUCUGCGCCUCCUGCUGUGCCGGUCCGGCAUGCCAUCUGAGGUAGUUGACUUCUGGCUUGACUGUUUGAAAGGUCUGCGACGCCACAGCAGCUUCUUAGGGGAUCUCUCUGAGGGUGUCCCCUGCUACAAUGGUGCUCCAGAAGGUGACCCGGUUAGUGUUGCGGCGUUGGCUGUGAUUUGUGCCUUUGCAGCCUCCUCUUGCCAGGUCGAUGGCGUUGCGUUUGAUACCUACGUUGAUAACUGGGGCUGGUCCAGCACCAGCUGCCGGGCCAUCGAGCUUGCCAUUCCGAAGGCGCUGGACCUUCUGCAGUCCCUUGCUCUGCCAAUAGACUGGAAGAAGUCUUAUACAUGGGCUACCACCGCGGCCGGGCGCAAAUGGUGGAAGGCUGCCUCUGCCAGCGUUUUUCCUGCCAACACGCAGGUCCCCGCUGUCUCCGAAGUCCGGGAUCUUGGAGUUGCUUUCAAGUUUGACGGUUGUGCACAUGCUGCCUCACGUGGCUCCCGGCUGCAGGAUGGCAUUGAUAGGCUGGAGCGACUUCGCCAGCAACCACGAAGUCCUGUGUUGAAGGCCUCCAUGAUUCAGCGGGGCGUCUGGCCGGCGUGCCUUUACGGUGCUGAAGGCCAUUCGUUCCAACUUGCGGAGCUCCACCGCCUCCGCAGCCAUGCCGCCAGAACUAUCGUCGGUCAGCACAAGGUGUUGUCGCCUUUUCUUGCCCUUGCCGCUCUUUCUCCGGUCUGCGUGGACCCCCAGGUGUACUGCCUCGAGCAACAACUGCAGCUCCUGCGACGCACCUGCCUCUCUGACCCGGAUCUUGCCAUUUCCGUGCUUGCAGUCGCCACUGCCGGUGCCCCCAAAAGCUGCCAAGGCCCUGCUACAGCCCUGCGACAGGCUAUUGACCGCCUUGGCCUCACUCUGACAAGUGCUGGGGUCCUCAAAGGACUGGACAAUACCUGGGUCGACCUGACCUGCUGCCAUCGGCGAGAGAUUCGCCUCCUCCUCAAUCGUACCUGGGCGCUCCAUGUUCAGGGCCAGGUUUCGCACCGCAAUGGCCUAGAACUGGCACCGCCGCCCCAUGCUGGCGAGACUGGGAGAUUGCUGUCCAAAUUUUCGGCCCAGGAGCAGAUGGUCAUCGCCCGCCAUGUUACAGGCGCCUUCUCGUCCGCGGCUGCAAAACAGCUGCGGGACCCAGAUUGUCCCGGGGCAUGUCCUCUGUGUGGUGCCCGGCAGACCAAGGAGCACAAAUUUCUGAACUGCCCCAAACUGCAGCACGUACGCACGGCUUUUCAUGAGACAGUUGCAGCCGUUGCUAAGGACCGACCGGAGUGGAUCCAUGCUCCCUUCGCGGCUGCACCGCAAGGGCUCGAAGUCAACCGACUGAUUUUUGCGACGCGUUCGCUGCUGCCACCAAACAUGGAAGUGCCGUGUGCGCCACUGCUGGAGGCCAGGAGUUUCCUACGGUUUUUCACUGACGGCUCUUGCAGCCACCCUGAGGUGCCCGAUGCCUCCCAUGCCGGCUUUGCUGUAGUGCUUGACACAAGUGCUUCGGAUGCCAUUGUACCAUCCUUACUGGCGAAUUGGCGGGCUACGAACCAGCCCCCAACUGAAUUUCGCAUAGUGCACCAAGGCCUGGUCCCCGGCCUCCAGAGCAUUAACCGGGCUGAAGUGUGCGCUGUCAUUCAAGCCUUAAGGCUCAUACAUCUUUGUGGCUCCCCCGAAGCUGAGAUUUGGACGGACAGUAGCUUUGCCAUUUCUGAAUGGGAUAAGGCCUGUAGCAAUGCCCCGGGCACUUGGCCUGACCUCGCCGACCACUUGCAGCGCUACAGAGCCACCAGGGUUCGGCUUCGCAAAGUAGCGUCCCACCAGGAUCUCACUAAGUUAGUGGGACUGGACCAAUGGAUUGCGGCUGGCAACAGUGCAGCCGACGUUGCAGCCAAGGCCGCCGUUCAGCGUGACCUUGAUUGCGUGCUUGAGGCCUCCGCUACAGCCGACGCCUUCGUGAAGGCGCAGCGCCAUCUGCUGCAUUCUUUUUGGAAGUAUUUGUUGCAACUCUCGCUUGAGGAGGCCCGUCUGAUCAAGCUCUGUGGGAAACCGGUUGAGCCGAAUGCACCGUUGAUGCCCUCCUGCAACAAUGAUUCUGCCUGGGUUGAUCUGAAUGUCGGCCCACACGUUUCCUGGAACAUUUCUGAAUACCAGAGGGAAUGGAUUCUGGCCUGUAGCUGGCAGCCGGACUUCACGAUUCCAUUGUGGUCCUGGCUGCGUAGUCUCGAGUGGUCUGUACAUUUACCUUGUGGGCGAGCGCAGGGUGGCGCCACCUAUGUCGAGCUCUUGGUUCACUUCGUCAUUGUCACCGGACAGUGCCCGCCUAGUGGUUUGGCGGAGCCGUCUUCAACUGUGCAAGAAGCU